UGGCCAGUACAAGUGCGGUUGGCGUAGUGCAAUAUCAUCAUUGCUUUUGGCGGCAUCGCCAAUUAAAUGUAGACUAUACCGCUAAGUCUACAGUUUUAACUUUUUUCAUAUUUAAUUAUUAUUUCAUAAUCGUUUGAAUGUGUUGUUGUUUUUAAAUGGUCGUUAGUUUAGACGAGCUGUCUGUCCGUCGUCGUCAAAACCAACAAUCCGAGUCGACUACCUCGACUAGUUCACUGUUCUUGCACACAUACUUUGACUAGGUGCAUUGGAAACUCGAGAAAAACAAAAGUGUAAUUAGCGGUCGUUCGACAUGGAGGAAAUAAACCUGGACUCUACCACAGGGCAACCCACGACCGCGGACAAUGACAACACGAUGGUCAGGAUAACCAACGCGUACAAAGCGUAUGACGCAUCGUCCAUGGUGCUGAACGGAUUCAACAUGACCGUAUCAACAGGAACCAUAUACGGUUUGCUGGGACCCAGCGGAUGCGGGAAAACCACGUUGCUGUCGUGCAUCAUCGGCCGCACUCGGUUGAACUCGGGACGGAUACAGCUGGCCGUAAGAAAAAAGAAACAGAUAGGCUAUAUGCCGCAGGAUUUAGCCCUCUACGAAGAAUUCAGCAUGGCGGAGACCCUUCACUAUUUUGGAUCUUUGUACGAAAUGCCCUACGAGCAAAUUAUAACCAGAGGAGAAAAACUAUUGAGCCUCAUGGAUAUGCCACCGACUAAAACCAAAUUCGGUGCUAUGAGCGGAGGACAACAGAGAAGAUUUUCGCUAUGCGUUGCUCUCAUACACGACCCGAGUCUGUUGAUACUAGACGAACCCACCGUUGGAGUAGAUCUAAUCAUCAGUGCAAGUAUUUGGACCUACUUGCACGAAUUAACGACUCGCGGAAAAACCAUAAUCAUAACUACGCAUUACAUCGAAGAAGCACGGCGAGCCAACAUGAUAGGCCUGAUGAGAAAAGGCGUUCUGUUAGCUGAAGCGGCUCCUUUGGAAAUCAUGGCUUCGUGUAACGCGGAUUCGCUAGAAAGUGCAUUUUUAACUCUCAGUCAAAAACACACGGCUAACAUGGAGGUGACCAGGGAAAAUUCGAAAAUGCCAACUUCUCCGUCGUCGACCACGUUGGAAAAAUCGUCAUUUUUUUCUCCAACGCGGUUUAAAGCUCAACUACUGAAACAUUGGUAUUGGAGUGUCAGAAACUGGAAAAUCAUAUUCUUCGUUUGUCUGCUGCCCAUAUUCACCUUGCUACUUUUCGACACAAUCGUCGGCCGGACGCCGGAUUUGCUAUACAUGGGUGUGAUCAACAAAGAAAUCGUCGAAACCCCAUGCAGCCCAAUCCAGCCAAAUGCCUUCUGCGACGACCAAAUACCUUUUAGCUGCAAAUACCUGCACCACCUUGAACUCAAUGGCGUAUCUUUGAUAUACUAUGACGACGUGGAAGAAGCGAAAACGGCUGGACUGCACAACAAAAUAUGGGGUUACUUGGAGUUCAAGAGUAACUUUACUGAACUGGUAAAAAAACGAUAUGACGAUCCGAUGAAUAUGGCCAGCGAAGAUUUAGAAGAAAUGGAAUUGUGGGCAUCCAUGGACAUGUCCAAUUUCAUAAUCAGUAAAUUAAUCCAAACCAGAAUCCUAAAAAGUUUAAAAGACCUAAGCAAGAGUCACGGUUUUUGCAACGAGACGUCUAUUCGUUAUGUCGACAGCCGUCCUUUUACAAUAAUGGAACCUGUAUUCGGUCAAUUGGAAGUUAAUAUGUCACACUACGGAGCGCCCGCGGUAUUGUCAAUACUGGAAUUUUACCUAACAUUUCUCUUCACGGCGUUGGCCAUAGGAAUGGAAAAAAGUCGCGGACUGCUGGAAAGGAGUCUGUCGUCAGGCCUGACCGAAUCCGAGGUCAUACUGUCACAACUGGUCGUGCAGAUUAUCAUGCUGAUCUUUCAAACUUGCACAGUGUUCAUUCUGCAAUUCGUAAUAUUCAGCUAUCCCUUAAUGGGCCAUUGGAUGUGGCCAAUGAUAAUUGUAUUCUUACAAGGAAUAUGUGGAACAUUCCUCGGUUUUGCUGCGAGCAUAUCUUUCGACGAUGAAAGAAUAACCACAUUUUUGGGAAUAGGAAUCGUGUUGACGCAAGUUUUUCUAAGUGGUAUAAUGUGGCCGUUCGAAGGCAUGCAAUCGGUGCUCAAAGAAAUCAGUAAGUUUCUACCUCUGACAUUAUCCAUCGACGCCUUCAGGUCGAUGACUGCGAGAAAUUGGGGUAUAUUCCACCCUGUUGUUGCCAAGGGUUUCGCUUCGAUAUUGAUUUGGAUAUUUUUGGCGGUCGGCAUUUCGAUACUGAGUCUGAAAUUCAAGCAGGGCCUUAAAUCGAAAAAAUAACUCCACUAUAAGUAUUUAUUUAACCGUCGAUCAUAGCAUAUUAGGUCUGCGUUUAGAUUACAACUAUUUGUUUCUACGAGAAAACCAUUUUCUUUUAUUAGACAUUUACAAAGGAGUGAUCGGUUUUGAAAAUCUUGUAAACUAUUAAUCGUGUAAAUAAAUGCAUUAUAACUUAGGUACCUAUUGUUACUUUUAUAAUUAUUGAGUAUUUCGUUUUAAUUACUUGUAUACAAUUAUAUAUGUUUUUUUUUACUAGAAAAAUGAUUAAAUAGACAGUGCGACGUCUAUUAACAGUAGAUAUAAGUUAGUUAAUGAUUAAGCAAUAAACUAUUAAUAAUCUUGUAAACUAGUUACUACACAUUUCAUAAACCUUGCCCAUAGUUUUAAGUGUUAAAUUUGUACUGUUCUCCUAUUGCCGAGGUAAUAAUUAUACAGUAUAUCAGCUGUUUGACUUAAUAAUAAAGCCAUUUUUUUUUGUCGAA